GAUCUGUGGUGAUGAGGGUGUUACUUUCGCUUUAGACGUCCUGCUUUAAAGCAAACAGUUUUGAUCAGAAGGUCUGGGUUUCAUUUUCAACACAACUUCUCUCAUCAUCAUCUAUAAGUCAAGCCGGAGUGAAUUCAAUGGCAGACGUGUACCACAAACCCACCGACUGCCGCAUCGACAUCUCAGGGUUUGAUGAUGAUGAUGAUGAUGAUGGUGAUGAUGGUGUUAAAGCUAACGGCAUCUCGCUGCCUGAAGUCACAUGUCUCUGCUGCUAUGAAGUGUUGCUGGAUCCCACCACGCUGAGCUGCGGACACAGUUUCUGUCGUCACUGUCUCGCCAUGUGGUUGCAGUCCUCCAGGAACGCCAUGUGUCCGACCUGUCGCAGGAUCUGGUACGGUUUCCCCAAAGUCAACAUCUCAUUCAGGGAUUUGGUGGAGAAACAUUUCCAGGCCGAAGUGGCGAGAAGGCGACAGAACAUCAUGGCCGACCCGCGUAUUGUUCAGUCUCUGCAGGUGUUACAGCAAGCUGAGCGUGUGAUUCGCUGUCAGCCAGCUCCGCCCCCUGUGCGGUGGUACCCCUGGCUGGGCCCUGGUGGAUUCUUUUCUGGAGUACUGAUCACUCUCACCUUCGCUGCCGUGGUGUUUCUGGUAUAUCACUGGAGUGCAGGAGAUUUGAGGGUGGAGCAAUUGGUGAAGAAGCCUCUAGGAGCGUGGACACCUGACGAGGUGGCCAUGUGGAUGGAGAACCUGGGGACCUGGACAUCUCCAUACAGAGAUAUCUUCCUCAAGGAACAGGUUAAUGGCAGGUUGUUAAAUGCACUAGGAGAACAGGAUUUGUUAAAGCCUCCAUAUGGAAUAGAGAACGAGCUCCACAGACGUGCGUUACUGAACGAAGUUCGCCGUGUGCAAAAACUUGGCUUCAAACGGCCUCAAAAUCUCUGGGAGUACAAGGCAGUAAAUGGAGGAAAGUCUUUAUUUCUCCUUUACGUCAUGAUCGACUCUCCACGUCUGAGCAUCCUCUACAUGUACUUCUUCGAUUAUUACGACUCGUUCCUGCCCUUCAUUCACGUCAGCUGUCCAUCAGCUCAGAAAAAGAGUUCAGGAGAUGAAGUGCCCUUCAGGAACCUGGACAGCCCUGAUUGGAGACAGUGGUUGUCGUUUGCGGUGCAGUUCUUCCUCCUGCCCUAUCAGCUGAGUUACGACUUCGUGUGGGAUUGGCAGGACGUUCACUACUGGACAUCACGCAUCAUCAUGUGGCACUGUUUUAUUCUCACACUGCGAGAAGGUCAAAUACUGUGGAGUCUCCGAAGCCGAAUUCACCUCAGCAUGAUCCUGAACAUAUUCUUCUGCCAUGUGUGUAUCAUAGGAGCGAUCUGUUUCACUGGGCUGCUUUUCUGGAACAUUCUGCAUCAGUUUUUUUGGGAUUGUUUGUUUUACUGGGCUCUUUACUUCCUCCCCUUCAGCAGUACAACCAUAGUUCUGUUUCCAUUUAUAAGACAGCUGUGUCCGUAUUUAUACAAUCAACAAUAACACACACACACACACACACAUAUAUAUUAUGGUGAAUGAGCAGUGUUGCAUUAACUUCUCCAGAGAUUUAUAUUAAGAAAAAUAUUAAGAUAAAGAAAGAUUUGCACAUUUAAUGGCUUUAAAAGAUCAUGAGUUUGAUAUAAUGCUUGUAUUAUGUAUAAUUUUCAAAUGACUUACUAUAUUUUCUUAAAUUUUAAAAUGUAAAUUUUAUUCUUCUAUUUAUGAAUUCCUUGUAAAUUGUCCUACUGUGAAUAAAUGUUUUAUUUUUACUCA